AUGGAACAACAACAUGAUGGCUCGGUCGCGGGUCCUCUGGCUCUCCUGACGCAGACGACGCAGGUCGUCCAAACCUCAAGUCCAACGGGGGUAUGCCGACAAGCAAAGAUGCGCUGCAUUGGGGCAGAGGAUGGACAAACUCAAUGUCAACGAUGCAAACGAAGCAAUCUUGAAUGUGUCUUCGAGAAGCACCGCCGGGGUCGCAAACCAGGCUCCAAGCUAUCGGAGGCCUCCAAGAUGCUUCGACGGAUCGAAAAGGGAUUAAACAACGAACGCAAAAAGUCUCAGGUUGCCCAGACACCCUACCCUAUCAACACACCUCGUGCUCCUAGUGACUUCAACUUUGCCAGCAACAGCGACGGAUUCUUGGACCCGAGUCUUAACAAGAACGCUGCACCCCCGCGUGGGCCUAUGUCUAGCUCGACUACUCCAACAUCGACGGACCCACCACCAAGUUCUGUUGUGGGUGUAGGGUCCCCUGGUAAGCAGGGAAUACAAGUGAAGACCCCUGCCCCUGCAUCGCCAUCACAGACCAUGGAGGCCGAUGACGAUGACGAGGAUGAAAAGGAACCCUCAGAUGAUGGUUUAUUCCCUGCCCGUCUACUUGCUCGUGAGAAUCGUCGCAACUCGUUCUUCCGGACAAUUCUCAAUCCAGCCGAGACAGAGGGUGGACAUUCUCCUGAUGACCAGAAGCCUUCGAUGGACAGUAGGCAGGCUUCGGUAACAAGUAACAUUACAUCCAUCGGUUCAAUUAUUCCGGAGCCUAAGGACCCGAUCGCAGCGGGAUUGAUGGACGAAGCCCAAGCAAAGGUACUAUUCGAUUUGGUUUUCCUUCGUCUCAACCCAUUUAUCAACCUUUUCGAUCCUGUACUCCAUACGGUGCCUUAUGUGCGGUCACGGUGUCCCUUCCUGUUUACCUGCCUGAUUAUGGCAGGGUGCAAGUUUUGGAAACCGGAAUUAUUCAAGCAAACCCAGCGGAUCGCCAAUGAAUUUGUGGUCAAAGCUUUCGCUGACCAGUGGAAACGUGUUGAGAUCGUUCAGGCGUUUGCAUGUAUGACUUACUGGAAAGAACCUGAAGACACGAGAACCUAUACCUAUAUUGGUUAUGCAAGCCGAAUGGCUGUAGAGCUAGGUCUCAAUCGAUACAUGGCCAAACCUCCUGAGGGAGAAACCGAGCUUCAGAAACGCGAACGUCGAAAUAGGGAACGGACCUAUCUGGUCUUGUUCGUACAUGAUCGAUCGUUAGCUAUGCAGACUGGGCGUCAAUGGAUGCUGCCAGAGUGUGAUUUAGUGCGCCACUCACUGACUUGGCACGAAGACAAUUUUAUCCGCCCAGAGGACGUAAUCAUUUGUGCAUUCGUUCAAUUGCGUAGAAUUGCGGCUGAGACGACAGACGUGUUCUACCUACAUCGAGGAGCCCCGGGCCUUCUCCACGCCGAUGUCAAUUAUGAAAUUCUUCUUCGAGGGUGCAAUAGCAAACUGACCCAGUGGAUGGACCUCUGGCACGGUGAAAUGAAGAAAGCUGGUGGACAAAUGUUCCAUUUCUCAAUGUUGACAUUCUUCCGACUUCACGUGCGCCUUUUCCUCAAUAGCUUCGGACUACAGUCCUCGAUGGCAUCGUCGACUCGUGCGAGCGCAAGUUUACAUGCCCUCUCGGCCUGUUACACUAGUGCAGUCCAGUCUCUACAAAUCGUAGCGAAUGACUUCGCGCCUGUGGGAAUGCUGCGUUAUGGACAAGAUAGUAUAACUGUAAUGACCGCAUAUUCGGCUGUGUUCCUGUUAAAGCUCUUGAGGCGGCCACAAAACGUGACGGAUUUACACUUGACCCCAACCUUGUCGGAUCUCGACGAGGGUGCUUCUACACAAAAGAUCUAUGAUUUGAUAUCCAGUACCGCCGAUGCAUACCAAGAGGCAGCAAUACAUGCAUCCUCUUCUGGUUCAGCCGCAUAUCAUGCUCGAUUUUUGCGAAGCUUGGUCGCAAAGGAUAUGGCAACCAAGGCACGUCAAUCUGCAAGGGAACGCAAGCCAAAGGACAAUUCCGAUGCAAUGUCAGUCGGCGGAACUUCGCAGGGAACCCCCAGCCAAGCAUCGCCGAGUUACACAGGUGACCCUGUCAAUGCACCACCUUCUUACCACCCCCCUCUCGUACCCGGAACCCAACCUAGUGCGAUGCUACCUGUGCAGACGCCUCCCGCCGUCGGUGGCGCGGGAAUGCCCAACAGCAACGGGCUGAUGUACCAGCAGCAGCCGAACGGGAUGGUACCAUAUACGGAUGAUAUAUUCCCAUUCCCAUCGUCGCCGCAUCUUCCUAUGCACCCCGCAAUGCCCCACCAGAUGAACGAGCACAAUCAAGAGAUGCAACAGCAACACCCAUACGGAAACGGCAUGCAAAUGCAGCACCAGCAACCCCAUCAACAAAUGAUGCCCCAGCACCAGCCACACCAGCACCAGCACCAGGCCAACAACCAGCAGUAUGCCCAUAAUGUAUAUGGAAAUAUGCAGACAGCCGCGGCGACUGCAUCAGACCAGCAUUAUUGGAGAAACAUGUUUAUUGAACUCGGAUUUGGCGGACCUGAGCCUACUGUUACUGGAUAUAGCAGCACUAUGUUGUAG